UAGUUUCGUUUCAUCUUACACGCCCUUGACUUCAAAUUGACGUUGAUCCAAGCUAGCAGGAAACUGUGAUCAUGCAGUGUACCUAUUUUUGAGAGCUUCUUCCUCUUCCUCUUCUGCUCCUUCUUCAUUCCAUCAGCGAGCUGUGCCUGAAAUCAAUCAAAAAGCCAGAUUCGAUGGCCAUCCAAUUGGGAGCUUCUUCUUCUUUCUCCUCUGUUUUUUCCACCCGUUCACACACACACGAUGUGUUUCUGAGUUUCAGAGGCGAGGAUACUCGCUCUGCUUUCACAGGCCAUUUGUACUGGAAUUUGCUUCAGAAGGGAAUCAACACCUUCAUAGAUGAUGAGCUUACAAGAGGAGAGGAAAUAUCACAAGCACUUCUGCGAGCCAUUGAAGGAUCAAAGCUCUCUCUUAUUGUUUUCUCUGAAAACUAUGCAUCCUCCAAGUGGUGUUUGGAUGAACUAGUUCAUAUCCUUGAAUGUAGAAGAUCAAAGAACCAAAUGGUUCGGCCAAUCUUUUACAACGUGGAACCCUCGGAUGUAAGAAACCAACGAGGUACAUUUGGUGAGGCACUUGCACAGUAUGAACGCAGAUUCAAAGGUGACAUGGACAUGGUGUUAAGGUGGAGAGCAGCUCUUUCAGAAGCAGCAAAUUUAUCUGGGUGGCAUUUCUCGGGCGGAUAUGAAUAUGAAUUUAUUGAUAAAAUUGUUGAAGAGAUUUCUGCAAAAGUAAAAGAACCUACCUAUUUGGAUAUGCCAAAGUGCCAAGUUGGGCUAGACUCUCGGGUAAAACAUAUACUUAAAAUGUUAGAUGUUGAAGGAAGUGAUGUACGCAUGGUAGGAAUAUGGGGAAUUGGCGGAAUAGGCAAAACAACAAUUGCCAAAGCUGUUUACAAUACAAUUGCCCAUAAGUUUGAUGGUAGCUGCUUUUUGGCAAAUGUUAGAGAAUAUUCAGACCAACAUGGAGGUUUAGUCGACCUACAAAAUACUCUUCUCUCUACCAUUGUGCGGCAGAAAGAAUUGAAAAUAAACAAUGUUCAUGAAGGAAACACUUUGUUGCGUAGAACGUUGAGAUACAAAAGGGUUCUCUUAGUUCUUGAUGAUGUGAAUAAAUUAGACCAGCUAUGUGCAUUAGCCGGAGCAUCAGAUUGGUUUGGUUGUGGCAGCAGAAUUAUCAUAACAACAAGAGAUAAGCGUUUGUUGACUGCUCACGAAGUCAAUCCUAUAUACAAGGCCAGGGAACUGGAUGAUCACGAAGGUUGUGAGCUCUUCAGGUUAUAUGCCUUCAAGAAAAAGAAAAAUCAUGAUGAUGAUGAGAAACUCUGGAUUAGCACUAUUGUUAGAUAUGCUCAUGGCCUUCCGUUAGCCCUGGUAGUUUUGGGUUCACAUCUAUGUGGUAGACCUAUACAUGAAUGGCAAGCUAUGUUAGAUGGUUAUAAAAGAAAUCAUCCCAAAGACAUUCGAGAUACUCUCAAAGUCAAUUAUGAUGGACUGGAAGAAACAGUGAAAGAAGUUUUCCUCGACAUUGCUUGUUUCUUCAACGGUAGGAAUACAAGGGUUGUGAUACAUAUACUAGAAGAUUGUGACCGCAACAACCCCAAGCAUAGUAUUGAAGUUCUUGAAGAAAAGGCACUCAUAAAUGUUGAUGUAUAUGGUUGUAUUUCCAUGCAUGAUUUGCUAGAAGAGAUGGGAAAAGCUAUAGCUCGGCAAGAGUCUACAAAGCUUGGUGAGCGAAGCAGAUUGUGGCAUCAUAAGGAUGUGCAUGAUGUUCUAACAAAAAACAUGGGAACAAGUAAAACUGAAGGUAUAGUGAUAAAAAUGCCUACAGCAGAUGAGAUAUGCUUGAAUCCUAAAUGCUUCAAAAAGAUGAGAAAUCUUAAAAUUUUCAUAAACAUCAAUGGAUGGUUUUGUGGAAAGGUUGAUUAUUAUCCGAAUCAGUUGCAGUUACUUGAAUGGCGUGACUGCCCGCUAAAAUUUUUUCCCCGCAAUUUUAAUAUGAAGAAUAUAAUUCAACUUAAUAUGCCUCGUAGCUGCAUCUCACGUUUCAAGAGUAUGGAAAAUCUGAAAUCCUUAAAUUUGAGUGGAUGUAAAUUCCUAACACAAAGCCCAGACCUGUCUGGAAGCCCAAACUUAGAGUUCCUGGAUCUAAGCAAUUGUAAAAGGUUAAAGGAGGUUCACUCUUCGGUUGGAUCCCUCAAAAAGCUUGUUGACCUGAAUCUUCAAAAAUGCUCUAACCUUGUGAGGCUACCAGGAGAAGUCAACUGGAGAUCCCUCCGAUCCAUUAAUCUCAACUACUGCACAAGGCUGGAGAGUUUCCCUGAAAUUGAGGGGGAGAUGAAAUACAUGACAUCCUUGAGUCUAGACCACACUGGCAUCAAAGCAUUGCCUUCAUCCAUUGGAUAUCUAAUUAACCUUAGAUCGUUGGUGUUAGCUAAUUGUGGAAACCUCACAGAUCUACCUUGCGGCAUUUAUGCCUUGCAGAAGUUAGAGUUCGUUUCUUUGAAUUGCCCAAAACUCGAAAAAUUCCCAAAAAAGGUGGACUCUGAAGUGCUUCCAACUUACUCAAAGGUUUCACAUGACAACAACCGUGACUCUUUAACGAAAAGAUGA